AUGUGGGCAGCAGUGGACUAUGAGAGCCGUAGCUCCUACUCUUUCUCAGUGGAGGUUCUGAACCCCAUCGUGGACCCUCGGUUCCUUCGGCGUGGGCCUUUUAAAGAUCGUGCUUCGAUCAGAGUGGCCGUGCUGGAUGCAGAUGAACCCCCUCGUUUCUCACGGACACGUUACAGAAUGGAUGUGUCUGAGAACUGCCCCCCGGCCUGCACAGUGGGACGGGUCAGUGCCGUGGACCCAGAUACGGGGCUCACAAACAACAUCAGGUUCUCCAUCGAUCCUCAGUCUGACCCAGAAGCUCUGUUCCGCAUCACUCCAGACACCGGACUCAUCACUACGGUGACCGAGCUGGACCGUGAGCACGAGCAGUGGCACAAUAUAACCAUCAUUGCCACACAGAGAGAUAACCCCAGCCAGGUGUCUAGGGUGGUGGUUGCUGUAGAAACAUUGGAUUUAAAUGACAAUGCACCCGAGUUGGACAGGCAGUACACCACGGCCAUGUGUGACUCGGCCUCCAAGGGACAGGUGGUGCAGGUGUUGCGGGCGAUUGAUAGAGACGAGGGAGGAAAUGACAGCACCGUCCAUUUCAACAUCCCUCCGGACUCCAACAUUGCCCUCAACUUCAGCAUCAGGGAGAGUGGAGGCCCCACUGCUAGUUUGGUGUUGGCGUCACCUUUGCAGACACUGUCUCGCUCUACUUCAUCCUCCCUCACUCUCUACGUCCCGCUGGUCCUGAGGGACGGGGUCUCUGGCUUGACCAGCACGGGGACAGUCACAGUGUCCGUAUGUCCCUGUCUGAGGGGAGGCGCCCGGGCCGGAGAGAAAGAGAAGCAAAGUGAGGCAGAGUGGGACAGAGAGACGGUUUGUUUGCCCCAGCACUCCUCUUUGCCCUCCCCUGGACUCAGCACUGCCGCCCUGCUGGCCAUUUUAGCCUGUGUGGCCACUCUUUUGGCUGUCAGUGCUUUGUCUCUGUCCCUGCGCAGGCAGAAAAGGGACUCGCUCUCGCCUUUAGAGGAGGAUGAUGUAAGAGAGAAUAUCAUCACGUAUGAUGAUGAAGGAGGGGCCCCCCUUUUUUCCUGUGUAUCUCCAUUUCUUUGCUAUUAUUCUAAUUUUCUAGGCCCCACUGCUAGUUUGGUGUUGGCGUCACCUUUGCAGACACUGUCUCGCUCUACUUCAUCCUCCCUCACUCUCUACGUCCCGCUGGUCCUGAGGGACGGGGUCUCUGGCUUGACCAGCACGGGGACAGUCACAGUGUCCGUAUGUCCCUGUCUGAGGGGAGGAGCCCGGGCCGGAGAGAAAGAGAAGCAAAGUGAGGCAGAGUGGGACAGAGAGACGGUUUGUUUGCCCCAGCACUCCUCUUUGCCCUCCCCUGGACUCAGCACUGCCGCCCUGCUGGCCAUUUUAGCCUGUGUGGCCACUCUUUUGGCUGUCAGUGCUUUGUCUCUGUCCCUGCGCAGGCAGAAAAGGGACUCGCUCUCGCCUUUAGAGGAGGAUGAUGUAAGAGAGAAUAUCAUCACGUAUGAUGAUGAAGGAGGGGGUGAGGCUGACACAGCUGCGUUUGACAUCACAGCACUGCAGAGCGCCCCACAUAACGCACGCAGGGGGUACCGCACCCUGGACAGCAGGAACAUACGUUAUUCACAACACGGUCAGGACAAGUCUCGGAUGUAUAGCAGCUGGGCUCAGGCUGGAGCGAUGGACCCCGGGCAGUACGCCAGUCAAGGAGCCCCUCUAUAUGGGCGGUUUUGCUACAGCACCCACACCCUCCCAGUGCUGCGUCGCUCACAGGGCCCCUAUGAGCCUGGCAUAUCUGAGUUGGUUUACCGCUUACCUGGGAAUCAACCAGACCAUUCUCUAGUCAUUCAAAACCAGGCAGCUGUGGUUGGACCUCUGGAGCCCGGGGCUAUUUAUGUGCCAACAGCAGAGGCCAGUCAUGGUUCUAAAGAAGGGACAGCAUCUCAGGAUGGAGCCACCACAUCUGAGGGAGGAACGCCAAGGAAGAAUGACUCAAAGGACGAUGCAAGCAGUCAUGCCCAGCAGAGUCAGAGUCAAAGCCAAGAUCUGGAUUGGAAGAAUAAACUCAUCCUUACCUCCCGCUCUAACCCUACUGCUCCUCCCCAUCCCCGACAGGUCCAGCCAGACAUGGCUCCCCGUGAACGAGAGCUGGUGUUGACCCGUUCUGACUCAGUAGCUGGACCAGGCCCCACCAGCAGUUGGGUGUGUGACUCCGCCACGCUGCCCCGAGCUGGGCGGCACUCCUCGCGGAGCAGUCUUUCCCUAAGUAGGAGCGGCGCUGGACCUGCCGAGUCCAACCAUCCUGGGGUGGCGGACGCUCCCAAUGGAAGCACAGAAAUGCAGUCGGUCAGCAGCAAUUACGCCACCAUCCUGCAGGGGGAGCAGCAGAGGGACUACUCGGGGACUCUGGGACGGGGCGGGCUGGAGAUGGGCAGCGGAUUUGUGGUGGGAAGGCCCGAGAGAGAGGCCAGCAUUCCACUGAGUGCUGGGAUAUAUCCGGAAGGUGGUGGGUUCAUGGGAGACUGGCACGAACGGGUGGGGAUAACCGGGUACCCGCUGGGCAGGAGGGAUAUGACGCCCCAGCUGCUUCCAUACCCCGGCCAGGGCCGGGGAGCUUUUGGGGGCAUCCUGGGAUAUGGUGGAGCAUGGCCCUCAGCACCUGAGGAGUCCGGAAGAGGAGCGCCCAUUGGAGGUGCUCACUCUCUCGCCCUAAGGGUUGGCGAGUUCCUGCGUCUGCGCCUUGCGCAGGUGACCUUCGACCCCUCGCAGCCGCCGUACGACUCGGUGCAGGUGUACGGGCUGGAAGGCACAGGCUCACGUGCCGGGUCCCUCAGCUCCCUGGACAGUGAGGGAGGCAAAGACGCCGAAAAGGAGGUGUGGGGAUCAGGUCUGGAGGAUUGGGGCCCACAAUUCCAGAAAUUAGCCCAGCUUUUUAGGGAAAGGGUCAAGGAAAAUGGAGAAGAUAUAGAAGGAGAUGUAGAAGCCAGCAAAAAGCACAAAGAUAUCGAAUGGGAAGAGAAGGGUGAGCAGUCUGGAGACGAGGAGCAGGCGAAUGUCUGAGAGAGCGAGAAGGAGAGGGGUUGGGUGGGACAGUGAUUAAAAGGCAACAAGAGCUGGAAUAAUGAAAAGUGAAGGGUAAGGAGGGAGAGGCAAAGAGGAAAGGUAAUAAGGGAAGACAGGGAAAAAUGAACAGAGAGAGAAAAGGCAGUGGAGAGAGUGAUUGAUGCAAUUUGAAGCAAUAAGUGCUGAAAAGCUGAUGUGUGAGCACAGAGCGGUGCUUCUUUAGCCAGCAUUUAACAUUCCUUAAGUGUGUUUGGCAGUAAGCGAAAAGCAAAGUUCACUGUAUUCCAGAUCACAUUUAAUUACGAUAGAGAAAGAACAAGAUUUCAACUCGGAUUUUUUGUGGCAGCGUGAAAGACAAUGGCAACACGGGGGAAUGAGAAACACAAGGCCGGAAU